UCCCUUUUGGGGAUCUCAGCCUCACAGGAAAAGUGUUUGCCAUGGCUGAUCGUAUCCGAUCCCCUAGCUCACGGUGUGUGAUGGUACGAACGAUAGAUCGGUGAUGUUAUGCGAACGCCAUGACGUGACGCCGGUAGGCGUUACAUAACGUUGAUUUGUCAACCAGAACGAGGGCAUCUACUCACCGUUGUCUAGUGGUUGGAGUACUGACUAUUCAUGCCGCCCCUUUUCAUCCAUAUCUGGCCUGGGAAAUGGAAUCUCUCCUCCAUCGACGUGGCCUGCCUUUCUGUCGUGCUGUACCUCCAGCUCGCUUUGCCUGGUAGGUUCAGAAUAGUCGAGGAAACCUCACCAGAAUUAUCCCCAUCAGGGCAAUUGCCUUUCAUUUCGCACCUCGGCCAGUCUGUUUCGCCUCUGCCCUCCCUAUAUGCAUAUCUCGCUUCAUUGGAUCUGUCCACUCUUGAUUCUGAAGAGGAUGAAGAGACACUUCCACCUCCACGAACAUCACUCGAUAAUCAUCUCUCAUCGGCGGAGAAAGCCCAAUCUCUGGCGUGGAGGGUCUACAUCGAGUCCCGGAUGGGGGACUUAGUCGCACAUUCUAUGUACUCCUCCCACUCUAAUUAUUACUCGGUCACCAGGCCUGCUCUAGUGUCUAUGCUGCCACUCCCUCAGAGGUUUUACGUUCCUGGCCGGAUUCGUGCAUUGCAGCGGGAACGUCUCCGAGGUGCAUUCAUGUGGGAAGAGGGCGAGGAAACUGAGGAAACUUCUAAAUCCCAGUUCUUUUCGGUGGAGAAGACGAGUGGUAGUUUGAUGCAACGUGCGUUCAAUCGUGAAAGGCUUGUCGAGAAAGCGAGAGACAUUUUUGAAACACUCUCUGGUCUCGUUCCCGGAAAUGAUUCAUUCGUUUAUGGCGACAACCCAUCUCUGGUUGAUGCUGUUCUCGCGGCGCAUAUCCUUUUCAUCUUACACAUACCGUUCCCGGAUCCAGUUCUUAAAACUAUCCUUCUUGAAUCCUUUCCCCUCUUGGUAUCACACGCGCUACUGGUGCACUCUCGCGCAUUCCAGUCUUCUUCCACCAAGCCAUAUGUGGAGAGAGACCUGGCUGGCACGUCAGGUUUCCAUAUUCUGGUGCGAUCCACAAAUCUUUGGAUUGGCGGUGUCCGAAGUGUUCUCUGCAGGCUAUGCCAGGGAACUUUGUGGAAAGAAUCGUUUGCUUCGAGGAAUACUGGUGACGAAUUGGAUCAGAAGUUGCGGAGUGGGCGUCGGGUCUGGUUCAUCCUCGCGGGGUUAGGAGCCGCUUCCUAUGCGUACACAGUCGGACUGGUCAAAGUUAUCCCCACGGUUGAGGCGGCAGAGAGAACGGACAUUGAGGUUGAGAUUGAUUCAGAGGACGUUGCAUGAUUUGGUCUCGCCAUUAUGCUCCAACCUGUGCCAGGACGACAGGCAUCGACGUCGCUUUGAUCCUGGCAUGCCAUCUCUAUCAUCGUGACCUUGGGGUAUCGCCGUGUU